GAUGGUAUCCUAUUUGCUUUUCGCGGCGCUCGGCCGCUAGCAUGCACUUGGAGUGGAAAAAACGGCAUCAAGAUCCGGACUCUACUUGUGAUGCGCGUCCAUCCGCUCCGAAAAUCUUAACGAAGCGCGAGCCGAGCUGCCGCGCUAGAUAGGAUUGCGAGAGUCAUAUCGAGAUCUCCGCAGAGACGAACUAUUAUUAUUAUUUCGCGUUCUUAAUUGUUAUUUUUUUUAUGUUACAUUCAUUUCCUACAUUAGGGCAACCCGUCGGAGCAUAUCGGGAAGAGGACCAAGAGGAAACUUUCACGACAACCGAAGCGGUGCUUCCAUUCCAGCCACAGAUUCGAAUGCGGAGAUAACGCCCGAAGAUCUUCGAGUCAGGAAAGCGCAAAAUCAUGGUUGGCGUUCGCUCCAGCAAAAGGAAGAAGAACAUCCCUAAAAACGGCUAUUUAGACCCGGGAUUACAGAGUCCGGUCGGCGCCUUCGCGGACGGAGACAAAAGAUCGGCUGGAGAAGAUCGUCGAUAAAGAGUCCUCACAAAUUUAGAAGAUUUAAAUUAUCGGGGCCGUAACAAUCUCCGAUACGGCGUUAUCGCGGGGCGCCGCGAAAUCUAUCGUGCAGCGGAGCGAUUGGUCACCUGCGCGCAGCAUUGACACGGUUAUCGACCCUGGAUCGCGAGAUCCAGAGAGAUACUCUGGUGCGAGCGCUCUAUAGUUUUGUCGUGUGAGUUUCGCAGAAGAAACUAAGAGGACGGAGCCGAGGAUCAUCCCAUUCCACGACAAGGAGCGAGCAUAUCACUAUGAAUGAAUCAAAGUCUGAGAUUCAAUCCUUCUACAAAAACAAGACUAUCUUCAUUACUGGUGCUUCUGGUUUUAUGGGCAAGGUCCUCAUAGAAAAGUUGCUAUACAGCUGUUCAGAUCUCAAUAAAAUCUACAUCUUAAUGCGAGACAAGAAAGGUCGUAGUUGCGACAAUCGACUUGAAGAUAUGUUCAAUGUAUCUAUGUUUCAGAGAAUACAAACUGAGAAGCCUCAAGUUUUGAAGAAAGUGAUACCGUUUAAUGGCGACAUAUGUUCGGACAACUUGGGCCUUACUCAUGAAGAACGUGAGCGACUAAUAAAUGAAGUAAACAUAAUAUUUCAUUGCGCCGCGAGUCUUCGAAUGAAUGCAAAAUUGAAAGAUGCCAUCGAAAUGAACAUGAAUGGUACAAAAAGGAUGCUAAACUUGGGAAAAGAAAUGAAGCACCUGCAAGCUUUUAUAUAUCUAAGCACAGCCUUCUGUCACGUUGAUCAAAAGGAAAUAGACGAGCGUAUAUAUGACUCCUCUAAUGACCCUGAGGAUAUUUUGAAACUCGUUCAAUAUUUAAAUGAAGAUACUAUCGAUCGUAUUACGCCAAAAUUAAUACAUCCGCACCCAAAUACUUAUACAUAUUCGAAACAUCUGGCUGAAAAGUUGGUAGCCAAUGAAUUUCCUGAACUGCCUUGUUGCAUUGCUAGACCAUCAAUCGUGUUCCCUUCGUACAAGGAGCCGUUACCAGGAUGGGUCGACAAUUUAAAUGGACCUAUAGGAGUACUUGUCGGUGGAGCCAAGGGUAUUAUCAGAUCGGUGCAUUGCAACGGCAAUUUUAUUGUCGACUCUGUACCAGUUGAUCUUGCAAUUAACGAUUUAAUCAUAAUUGCAUACAAAAUAGCCACUAACCUGAGAAAUUCGAAAAGUAUAUUCGUAGUCAAUAUGACAUCGCAAAUCGAUACAAUGCCUAUCACAUGGAGCGAGGUGUGGAAGAGAAGUAAACAAUUUUUUCACGAAUAUCCUUUAGAGGAACAAGUUUGGUAUCCAGGAGGCGACUUACAUAGCAAUAAAUUUGUGCAUAAUAUUAUUGUCUUACUCUUCCACAUCAUACCUGCAUACUUCAUCGACUUUCUGAUGCUAAUAUUUCGACAAAGAAAAUUUAUGGUAAGAAUCCAGAAACGAAUUUUAGACAAUCUCGCAGUAUUGCAAUAUUUCACAACGAGGCAAUGGAUAUUUUAUAAUAAAAAUAUAAUUACUUUAUGUGACGAUCUAACACCAUUAGAUAAAAAAAUAUUUCCAAUUAUGAUUUAUAAUUUCGAUAAGAUGGAAUACUUUAAGCAUUUAGUCCUUGGCAUACGGCAAUAUUGCAUGAAAGAAGAUCUAUCUACUUUGCCGAAAGCCCGUCGGCGUCAAAAAAUGAAUUGUUAAAAUUUGGCCCUUCUCAGACUUUGCAUUCACAGGAUUACCGCGUGUUUGCGCUGUGGAUUUAUAACUUUUUUAUUGUUCUAUUACCUAACUAUAUAUUGUAUAACCUCAACUCAUUCAUUGCUUACUGCAUCGCAAACUUACUUUGUAUUUUUAUUAAUAAAUAAUAAACACUAUAAUCAGGAAUAAAAUCUGCUAAGUAUUAUAUAGAGAUCUUCAAAAUAUGUACAAACAAUAAGAUAAAUGUUUCAAUAAGCAGAAGAGAGAAGUGGAUAUAUAACAUUUGAUUAUAAAAUUUGCGGAAUCGUUGUGUAUUAUAUUAACCCAUUUGUAUCAUUAGCAUAUAUCAACGCACAUUUUUCCUGGUCACUAUCACUGGAGCGUAUAUAUACGCGCAAUUGUUUUGAUCAUUUUUACUAAAGAGCAUUGUUUUCUUAGAUGACAUUAUAAUUUAGCAUAAAUAGU